CUUGUGCCAAGUCUUCUCCUAUCAAACACACACAUACACAAACAGAAAAGCAAAGAGAAGAAAAAUGGUAGAAACAAUAGGAGAGAAAUUAGGAAUUAGUGAAACAGUGAUAAUAAAAGUUUCUACUUUAGCUCAAAAAUCACAUAAGUCGAAUAAUGGAUACAUUAAAGAAUCUGGAAAUGAAGAAACUGUAUUUGCCUUUGGUGGAUCAUGGUCUUUUCAAGAUUUUUAUAGCCAUGAGCCUUUUGGUGAAACAACGGUCGAUCUUUCGUUGUUUCCAUCACUAAAAAGCGUCGGGAAUAACGAACUUGCUAUGAUCAAUAAAGGAUUCUUUCUUAAGUUUCAGUCUAUUCUGCAGAAACCAUCUUUCCAAGCUGAGGUGGAGAGAGCAAGAAAGAAAGAGAAACCGAUCAUCUUCACGGGUCAUUCUGCAGGUGGCCCAGUGGCAAUCCUUGCAUCCAUCUGGUACCUAGAGAAUUACGCAAAAACAAGUGGCCGUUUCCUUUGUAGAUGUAUAACUUUUGGGUCCCCUCUAGUAGGUGAUCGUAUAUUCACACAUGCUCUCAACCGAGAAUAUUGGGCCCGUUUCUUUCUCCAUUUUGUUAGAAAAUAUGACAUUGUUCCAAGAAUAACACUAGCUCCCUUUUCUUCCGUUAAAAAUGAAUUUGGUCAAAUUCUUGAGUUUUUAAAUCCCAAAUCAAGAAAUUAUCAGAAUCAAUCAAUCCUAAUGUCCCAAGAAGCUUCAACGUUUUUUAAAACGGUUUUAAAGAACACAUUGUCUGUUGCUAGUCAUGCUGCUUGUAAUCUCAUGGGAAGUACUAAUUCAUUACUAGAUAUCAUUUCAGACUUUGUUGAACUUAGUCCUUAUAGGCCUUCUGGAACUUAUAUUUUUUGUACUGGAAACGGGAAAAUGGUUUCUGUCAAAAAUCCGAAUUCUGUUCUGCAGAUUCUGUUUUAUUGUAAUCAGCCCGGUAAUGAAGCAGAAGUUCAAGAUGCAACAAGUAGAAGCUUAUGUAUGGAUUACAAUACUGAAUUACGAGAAAGUUUAUUAGGGAUGCAAGAUUUUGUGUACCUGGAUGAUGAAAUGGAAAUUCCUUUAUCUUCGAAUGGUAAUGCUUCUGGUGACUCGACUUCCCUAAACGCAGCUUUAAAAGACCUUGGUCUGAGCACGGGAGCAAGGCUAUGCCUUCGAGCAGCACAGGCAUUUGAAAAGCGAAAGCUACAAAACCAAAAUACAAUCGAUUCUAAGAAACUCAACAUUGAAAAAACACAAGAGAUGAUAGCCGACUACCAAAAAGCGUGUGAGGAUCGCAAAAUUGGUUAUUAUGACGCUUUCAAGAUUCAAAAGGGUAAUGAAGACUUUAAUGCUAAUGUGAAGAGGCUAGAACUAGCAGGUAUAUGGGAUGAGAUUGUAGAAAUGCUGAAACGAUAUGAGCUUCCAGAUGCGUUUGAAAGCCGUGAUGAGUGGAUAAAGUUAGGGACCAAGUUCAGGAAACUUGUCGAGCCACUCGACAUAGCUAAUUAUUAUAGGCACUCAAAGGAUGAAGAUACCGGGACCUACUUAAGAGAUGGUGGUAGACCAAAACGUUACAAAUACACUCAAAGAUGGCGUGAGCAUGCAGAGAAGUUGAAAGAAGGGUCGAGCUCCGAGACUACUUUUUGGGCGAAAGUGGAGGAAAUGAGGAGGAAACCGUUUGAAGAAAUGAAGGAUAAAAUUGUUGCAUUGGAGAAAGAAGUGAGUGAAUGGGUUGAAAAAGAAGAGCUCGGGAAGGACGUGCUUUUGGAAAGAUCUACGUUUGUGGAGUGGUGGAAAACGCUCCCAGAGGAGCAUAGAUUAAGAUCAUGCCUACACGGGCGACUUGGGAACUUUGCACAAUGAUUAUAUUGAUGUUUGAUUCAGAAAUAAGACGGGUAUAAUUUGUUGUAAGUUGAAUGUAAUCAUAGGCAUUUUUCUUCUAAAAAUUUAUCGAGUGUGGUUUUGAAUAUGUUGUUCCUUUUUUACUGAUAUCUAAUAUACAUUAAUUUCUUUUUA